AUGCUAAUGACCAUUUUGACUUUUUUGGUUUUCGCAUCAAAAGCAUUCUGCAAUGGCGAGGAUGGUGCACAACCUGUAGACGAGCAAGAUACAGCACAAAACGCAACCUUCUGUGAGCAGCACCAAUCUGCCGGCUGUGAACAACCGGCCGAUGAACCCAGUCGAGUUUCAAACUUUAUGUCUGAAAGUAUGAAAGAAUUUCAGAUACAGAUUGAAGACUUAUAUACCUCUCUUAUGGAAGCAUUAAGCAAAAUACUCUUUCCUGGCGGUGAAACAGUGAAUGGAGGGAGUGUUGCCAUCUCCAAGCAUAUCAAUUACGUAUUUUUGUACGCUACAUUAAUUUGUACCACAGUGAGUGUCAUUAUCCUAGCCAGUUACUAUUUUUCUAAUGCAAAGGAAGAAAUCCAUUAA